AUGAAUGACCAGGACCGUUUUCACUCUCCCCUCUGGUGUGUGAAUUACCCAAUCGAGUUAUGCUAUUCUUCUAGCUGUCUAACACAUCCCCUCUCAUCUAAUUAUUGCUGUUGUUUUCAAUGCACAUAUCUUUCCCUCAAAUUGUGUGGCAUGAACGAAGAUACAGUUGUUUCUUGGAGAAACUCCUUUUGUACGAUGGAAAACGCAAGGAAUCUGGAGCAAACGAUCCCACCAGUUAGUGUCCCUUGUCAAGCUGAAGACUCUGCUCAUCCCUCGCUGCAGCAGGGCUCAUUGUUCCCCUCUCGAUUUUCUCGGUGCGUGAGUCCAGGCUCCAUGCCGCUCCAACCAGAUGCAGUUGUAGACGACCAGGCGGAGCCCACUUCGCCGCCGAUAUCACACAACCAAAAUGAUGCCACAUCGAACCCGAAUGCUCCUGACGCAUCCGUAGCACCGCGACCGGUGGAAGCCUGUGCCAUAAGCACAUUGGUUAAUGACGAUUCCUCUACCUUCCAUCGGUCGCUGGAUGCGCCUGAAGUUGUAAAGUCACCCGCGCUAACAGUAAGGAGACGUAAGAUUGUCGCGGGAAGUAAUUCCUUCCGCGGCUCAACUCAACUUGCCCAGAACUCUGUCAGUGAUUUUAGCCUAUCCAGGCAACACGUCGACGAUUUUUCACUUACCGAUGCGGAGAGCAAACAUACUAAUGGAAUGUCCUUCAGCUCUCAUGUUGCUGCGAUCCCCAUGCAUGCGGUUGCGAGCUUGCUGUUCACAACACAGAGGAGGUCAUUGAUGGGACAUUACUUCCACACGUGGUGGAGGUGCGCCUUGCUCGCUCGCCAAAUUGGGGCUAAUUUCAGAAGUCCCGAAUCAUCAAGAGAGGCUGCAUCGACAGAUUUGAGGAAGGCAGUGAGUGUCGCGCAAGCGAACCAGUUGUUAGGCAGGACGGAGAUCCCUCACUUGAACCGGCCCGCGCUAAUGUCAUGCGACAGUUCCGUAAACGCCUCGCCAUUCACUUCGCCCGUAAAAAGAGGGAUCUCAACGGGAAAGUGUGUACCCAGCUGCUGCGCCCCGUCGUCGAGAGCUUCGUCUGCUCACCGGAGCCCUGGAAUGCUGCUGGUCCCAUUUGGCCCCACGAGAGGCCAGUCCCCAGCCGUGCGGGGGCUUCAAAGGUUGAGCAUAGGAAAUUUGCAAUGUUCAAGAGAUUUCUGCACGGGUAUGACAAGGGAGACCCGAUCCGACAGUGGAAGUAGCGGCACCGACCAACGCCCACCAGCGAUUUCAGUAGAUAUGCUCCACGUUUAUACGAGCAUAUUAACGGAAGAGGAGUGGGGGGCUCGCACCACAGUUAUGCGAGAAGAGGCUUCCGAACGCUACAAAAUUCAAACGCUCACAAGUGAGGUAUUAGAUCGAGAUUUUAAGGAAGCUUUGUGUAGGAGGAGGGCUGUCAUGCUUCGUGGAUGCCCGCAAUCGGAUGGUUUGCGAAGAGCAAAAGGUGGCGGUAAAAGGGAAGCUUGUGUUGACCGCCACCACUUACCGGGGCGGCCGGAGGGUUCGAGUGAGCGUCAAGGGUGUGCUCCGUUACCAAACUCAGCGGCCGCGAUAUGCGUGCUGCCGGAAGCUGCAAAUGCUCCGAAAAGCGAAAGUAAAGAUGACCCCUUAAACGGCCUCAUGGCGUGUACUUCUCCUCCAUCGUCUCACGGCUGCAACCCACUAACAGCCGGGCCCGUAGGCAAUACAGCGGGUGUGUCUCAUGGAAUACUACCCAACUCGUGCGCUUCUUUAGCAAGCAGUGGCGCUCACGCAGAGAACAGCAUCUCCAUUUGCAUAUCCAACUGUUCCGAAAACACGGUGGAAUCAGGUCGACCUCACAAUCCCUCCGAAGCCCCAAAAGGGGACACAACAGAGCCGAUCAGGGAGCCGUUGGGAUCGUCCAAACCCCAAAAAGAUGAUACGACCGCUGCAGACUGCACGGAAGCCAAAAAAUUAUUGGACGACUCAUUGGAGCUUGACCUUCAGAGGUAUUUGCAGCUGGAUUUAGUGGAUAGGGAACGUGAGGAUAGGCUUCGCAUCGUAAAGAAGUACCGCAAUGGUCUACAGCAACUGUUAAACAUUUUCUUUGGGAAGAAGCACUGUCGAACACGUCCUAAUGAUACUAGUAAUCAAAAUUAA